UUCGCCACCUGGGGAUUUGUACUGCAUAUCUUUAAGAGUGCAACCGUUUGGCAAUGAAUGUGAGGUCAUGCAGUAUGAGCCACCGGACAACAAAUACUCCUCACAGGCCUGGGAUGAUCAAUGGACAGCAGAUACUACCUAUCAGAGUUCAUGCGGGAACUCCUUGCUCUUCGUCUAAUAGUAGCACCCCAAAUGGAAACCUACCUGCUAACGCACAUUUAAAGACCUCUCCUGGAGGAAAUGCCGCUCCUCAGAGCAAUGCUAUUGAUUGCAAUAUUCACUUCCCUGCUUUAAGUCCCAGGAGACAAAUGGUUACAAAUGGGAAACCUUUAUUCCAAGUCCCCCAAGCUCCAGGGUUGACAGCGCCACAGUUUUUGAAGCCAAAGCCGCAAGAAUUUGGAAAUAGUUUCACUACAAGCACAGUUAAAGGGGAGCUUGCCUAUGGGCCUCGGUGCAAAUCCCUUGGGAAAAGCAGCUGCAACAAUUUAAUAGUCACCAGCAGUCCAAUGAUGGUUCAAAGACUGGGACCUCUAUCGCCUCCGGCACAACAGGUCUCAACAGCAUGCAACCAAAUCAGUCCUAGCUUACAAAGGGCUAUGAAUGCUACAAACCCGAAUAUACCUCCAUCUGAUACAAGAUCCCUUAUGUCACGUGAAUCUUUGGCAUCCACAACGUUGAGUCUGUCAGAAAGUCAAUCGAUACAAAGUGUUAAACAAGAGUGGAUUCAUGGUUACAGGAUUUUUCCUUCUCUUUCUUCCAACCAAGGCUCCCAAAAUGGCAGUGAGCUAGGUAACAUAACAACUGUCGCGUCUGGGAUGUCCAUGUCUAACAACAUUUCUAGCUCACUACCAUCGUACUUGUUUGGCAUGGAAAACAACCAUUCAUCUUACCCUACUCCUCACCAUUCUUCAACCAGGUCUCAUUCAGCCAAAAAAAGGGCCCUCUCCCUGUCCCCUUUGUCUGAUGGCAUUGGAAUUGACUUCAAUACAAUAAUCCGUACAUCCCCCACCUCUCUUGUUGCUUACAUAAAUGGUUCAAGGACAUCACCAUCCAACAUCUCCCCUCAACCUGAAGUCUAUGGGCAUUUCUUGGGAAUAAGGGGAAGCUGCAUUCCUCAAACGUGCUCUAUUCCAAAUCCUCAAAAAAGACUCCUUGUAGCUAAUGGUAACGUUGCUAUCCCAAGUUACAUUGAAAAUGGAAAUGCUGAAUACCAGCGCAUGCAGCAGUUGGAACAAAACAACUUACAGCCAGUGGUCACGAACAACAUGGUGGUUCAACAAGGUAUGUCUCUGCUAGACAACCAAUCUAUGGGCAUAUUAAAGAGUGGAUGUGUGGAUGAUUUUUCUGGGAACACAAAUGACAUGUCCUCUGUUUCUCCUCUGGCUCCCCCUCUUCUUCCUCCACCACAUGGCCCACCACCACCAUACCAUGCACAUCAGCAUGAUCUCAUAAAUCACUCCCGCCAGCUUUCCUUACCACCAUCUGUCCAAGGCCCUCUCUUAGAUGAGGAUGGUGAACUGGAUGAUUUUAAUGGCAAGCUCAGCUGUCGGUGGAUAGACUGCAGUGCUAUCUAUGACCAGCAAGAGGAACUUGUGCGGCAUAUAGAAAAAAUGCACAUAGACCAGAGGAAAGGAGAGGAUUUCACUUGUUUCUGGGCUGGAUGCCCUCGAAGAUACAAGCCAUUUAAUGCCCGUUACAAACUGCUGAUUCAUAUGAGGGUGCAUUCAGGGGAGAAACCAAACAAAUGUACGUUCGAAGGCUGCCAGAAGGCCUUUUCUAGACUAGAAAAUCUCAAGAUUCACUUAAGGAGCCACACUGGAGAAAAGCCUUACCUUUGCCAGCAUCCAGGCUGUCAAAAAGCAUUCAGUAAUUCCAGCGACCGAGCCAAGCACCAGAGGACGCACCUGGACACUAAACCAUAUGCUUGCCAGAUCCCAGGAUGCUCCAAACGAUACACAGAUCCAAGUUCUCUAAGAAAACAUGUAAAGGCCCAUUCCUCCAAAGAUCAGCAGGCAAGGAAAAAGUUGCGUUCCAGUACAGAGCUUGACCAAGACAUUCUCAAUGACUGUCUCACUAUCCAACCUCUCCAGCCACCUGCAUCUCCACAUGAUGCUACGGACAGCACUGUCAGACGAUCGCCAGGACCUGUGCAUGACAUUUACACAGCCGCACUGUUCUCAAGUACUCAAUCAAGUCGAAGUGGAACCGCCGGAGGCACUGGGCCCCCACCACACUCUGUGAGCCACGCUUCACCAGGGCACAAUGUGCAUGGCAGCCCACAUCACCCACCAACCCAAGUGCCCUCUCUCACAACGAGGGAUUCAGGAACCGAGAGAUUUUCAGCGUCUGCUUCUUUUUCUCCUCACCAUAUAAGUCCUAGGAUAAUUCCUCCCCCGCCUGCUUUGAUGCAGAAGAGGACACCACAUCCUUCCAAUAUCCAGCAACUUGGAGGAACCCAUUUGAAAUCAUAUGAGCCAUUAACAGCCCCCUCUUUUCAGCCGAAUAGCAUCCAAAUUCAAGGUGUUUAUGGGCAACUGCAAACUUUCUGUUCCCCACAUUAUUCUGAUAAUCAGAGGAAUACACAACACAUUGGAACUUGUAAUAUGGUCCCUCCUUUUGAAGACUGUCUUGUACCCACAUCUAUGGGUCAGGCAGGUUUUGAUGUUUUUCACAGAGCAUUUUCUGCUCACUCUGGUAUUACAGUUUAUGAUCUUCCAUCAGGCUCCACAGGCAUCUUUGGUGAUUCAUUGCGCAACGGGACUGAGGACUCAAGUUUCCUUCAGAUAAAUGCCGUUGACCGUUGCCCGAGUCAACUUUCAUCAGUUUAUACUGAAGGCUGAGGAAGAACAAACUACAAUCCUGCAUCUAGUUCCGAUCAGAAUCACUCUAUAGAUGAUUCCUGUCUGUCAGGACAAGUGCUAAAGGUAUUGCUCAAGAAACAAACACCACCAGGAAGCACUCAACUUCACAAAUGCAGCUAAUAUGGUGGGUUGAGGGAAGACGCUGGUUAAAACGUACUUGCCAAAGUGUGAGCAAUUGCUUUGUUUAAUUCAGCUUUUUCUGUGGCAAAACCACUUCUCAAAGGGAAUGAUUAAGGAAACUACUGCUUGAUGCAUUUUAAAAUGAAUUGUUGGGAUUUUCAGAACAGUUUUUGAAAAUCU